AUGAUCAGACUCAUCAACGCCUCUUCGCUCUACUUCGACGAGUUUGAGGGCGACUUCGUCCCUCCGUACGCUGUGCUCUCACACCGCUGGGGUGCUCGAAAGGAUGAGGUCACAUCUGAGGACUUCCAGAGUGGCCUGAAGAAAGACAGCCCGGGCUUCAAGAAGAUCGAUCAAUUCUGCAAACACGCCUCCGAUACGGGCCGUAAGUGGGUCUGGGUCGACACUUGCUGCAUUGACAAAAAGUCGUCAGCUGAGCUGUCUGAAUCCAUCAGUUCCAUGUUCAGUUGGUAUCAGAAAGCCGAUAUAUGCUUUGCUUACCUGCAGCAUGUCGAGAAUGCCGAGACCUGGCGUGAAAGUGCUUGGUGGAAGCGAGGCUGGACGCUACAGGAGCUGAUUGCACCUGACAAUGUUGUCUUUUGCGAUCGGGCAUGGCGAGAGAUAGGCUCGAAACAUGGCAUGGCCAACGAUAUCGCUACGCUGGCCAACAUCCCACCGCGGGUGCUCAAGGUUCGGGGCAGGUAUCGGCACUACACCGUUGCACAAAAGCUUUCAUGGGCCGCCGGAAGAGCGACUACGAAACCCGAAGAUCGAGCAUACUCCCUUCUUGGUUUGUUCCACAUCAACAUGCCACUAUUGUACGGAGAGGGCACCAGCGCUUUCCAGAGGCUACAGAUCGAGAUCCUACAGAAGUACUCUGAUGAAUCGCUCUUCGCAUGGUCCAGAAGUAGCAAAGGUCCACAUCUAGUCUUGGCGCAUACGCCCGACUCCUUCCAAGGCUGCGGUGACAUGGCACCACUAUCGCUGCAAGAAGAGUCAGAAUCUUACGCCAGACAUCAAAGAAGACGUGCCUAA